AUGACAAUCUCCUGCACUUCACCAUGGCAAUACAGCAAUUUGACAAACAAGUGUUAUUAUGUGGAAAAUGUCAAUAAGACUAACUUUACUGGUGCAGAACUUGAAUGCUCCAAGCACGGUGGCAAGCUGUUUGAAAAGCCGAUUGCUAUCACAAGUGUUACCGGCUUUUUAUCGAGUAUUGGGGCAUCCCUACAGGAUUUAUUUGACUAUUAUGUUGGGAUCAAGAAGACACCAAAUGGUGGUUGGACGUGGACAAAUGGUAUUGCAUUAAAUGUACACUCCUCUGAUGCGACCCACGACUGUGGAUUGCUUUACGUCUAUCCAUAUUCGGAAACAUUACAUGAUCGAUACAAGUCUACCUCCUGCAGCGAUGCUCACAACUACAUUUGUCAAAAAGACCCUGAAGUCCUCAUACGGCGUGACGACAACAGAGAUAACAAUAUCACCACCAACAACACUAACAACAUCACUUUCACCACACGCACUAACAACAAUACCAACAACAUCACCACCGACAACAUUAUCAACAUCACUUUCACCACACACACUAACAACAAUACCAACAACGUCACCACCGACAACACUAUCAACAUCACUUUCACCACACACACUAACAACAAUACCAACAACAUCACCACCAACAACACUAUCAACAUCACUUUCACCACACACACUAACAACAAUACCAACAACAUCACCACCAACAACACUAACAACAUCACUUUCACCACACGCACUAACAACAAUACCAACAACAUCACCACCGACAACAUUAUCAACAUCACUUUCACCACACACACUAACAACAAUACCAACAACGUCACCACCGACAACACUAUCAACAUCACUUUCACCACACACACUAACAACAAUACCAACAACAUCACCACCAACAACACUAUCAACAUCACUUUCACCACACACGCUAACAACAAUACCAACAACAUCAGCACCGACAACACUAACAACAUCACUUUCACCACACACACUAACAACAAUACCAACAACAUCACCACCAACAACACUAUCAACAUCACUUUCACCACACACACUAACAACAAUUCCAACAACAUCACCACCGACAACACUAACAACAUCACUUUCACCACACACACUAACAACAAUACCAACAACAUCACCACCGACAACACUAUCAACAUCACUUUCACCACACACGCUAACAACAAUACCAACAACGUCACCACCGACAACACUAUCAACAUCACUUUCACCACACACACUAACAACAAUACCAACAACAUCACCACCAACAACACUAUCAACAUCACUUUCACCACACACGCUAACAACAAUACCAACAACAUCACCACCGACAACAAUAACGAUGAGAGUAUCACCCUUAUCAUCAAUAACAUCAACAGUUGCAACUACUACAAAUACAACAACGACGACAGGGACAGUCACAAAGACAAUAACGCAAACAAUAACAAUAGUUGCGCCAACAAUUACGAUGGCAGUAGCGACGACAGGCAUCGGUAUCAACAGCCUCAGCACAUUGCCUUCUACGGCCGGAUUAACUACGAAGCUUUUUGUAGACUAGCAGUAAAGGCAGAACCGUGUACAUCACCAUGGCAAUACAGCAAUUUGACAGACACAUGUUAUUUUGUGAGCAACGACACUGUAAUGAAUUUUGACGAAGCAAAGUUGAAAUGUUCUGAGGCCGGGGCUCAGCUGUAUGUAAAGCCGCCAGGCUAUUGGCAUACAACAGUGUUCUCGGGUUUCAAGGGAAUCAUAUACGGCAGGUAUCAUGUGGGACUUAAGAAAAGCAAUUCUUCUUGGUACUGGUUGGAUGGAGCUUACGCAUUUGAUAAUAUUGCCGGUAGCUGUGGCUACCUUUUUUUCCUGUCAAGCAUUUCUAAUGGUGGUGAUACAUGCAAAGCUUCGCGUUACAUUUGUCAGAAACCGUCCAAUGCAUCUGAAACAUCACUGGUAACAAGUACCCCAAUGACAAGUUGGACAAGCGUAGAGACGACAGCGGCCGAAUCUACUAUACCAGCAGCAACAAUAACAACAACAACAGAAUCCGCAGCGACGACAGCAUAA